UAUCCUCUUCACCACUAGCCGUCCGGGUGAUGGGUCACACACUGUUGGCAGUACUGGGCUGUACCAGCUCCUGAACCAGCUCCAGUGUUGGUCAAGUCUUGUCACACUCGGUGCCGUCACAACACUCUCUGGUAGAUUGUUCCAACAGUUUACAACUCGCACUCAGUAAAAGUUUGUCCCUCACAGUUUUCUGGCCUUGACCUGUGACCCCUUGUGGGGCGAGCGUCCACCAGCUCCAAAAUCACCAAUGCUGUGCACUGUGCUUCUAUGAGUCAAGAGAAUAGAGAUAAGAAAUAAGGUCACAGAAUCUGGUUUCCUGUUAUGAGUUAAUAGCCUCAAUAACAGAAAAUAUAUUAGGGAGAUUUAAAAGAACUUGAGACUCUAGGCAAAAACGUGGUAGGAGCUCCAUAGAUAUUAAUUUAUUUACCAUCAACAACAAUGCCACCAGAAAAACCCCCCACCAACUCGCAAACACCGGACAGGAAGAAAGACGAAUCGACAUUCAAGACGCCUAACAAGACCCCAAGCAAGGACUUAGACACGAACACCAAAAUCCACCAAUCACAGAGAAGAGUGAGAGAGAAACAAGAGAUCCUGAGGAAAUUAAAGCUCGUCAAGAUGUAUCGGACUAAGUGGGAGACGCAGUCGUUGGACAAGGUUACGACCCGGUGGUUACGAGCUUGUCAGGAAGCAUUGGAGGAUCUCAGAGUGAAAGUUAGAGAGAGGAAUAUAAUUGACACUGGAGAGGUGGAACUAACUCUUCGAUCCCUAGUCGGUCAUCUUGGUAUCGAUCCACAGGUUGUUCAGUUGGAUCAGACAGAGGAUUGUUUCGACACUUCCAACCGUGACAAAGGUUUUAUAGGUUUUCCAGACCAGGAGACACCCGGUAACUGAGUGUGGAUACGUCGGAGUAGAACACAGAGCCGUGAACUGAAUCGCAGAGGGGACAUACAUAACACACUGCAAAUCGAACGACAGUAUGUAUAGCAUCAGCUCUGGAUGUAAGAGCCAUAUUACCCAUAAGAGCCAUAUUAGCCAUAUUUUAAGCUACAGAUGUUAUACACUAAUGAACAAUGUGUUAAGAGUGAAUAAUAAGAGACUGGAAAUUGAUCGAUAGGUUAGGUUAGGUUAGGUUAGGUUGGGAGAUGAGUGUCGGAGAGUUGAAUGGAAAGUUGACUAGGAUUUGAUAGGUUGAGAUGGAUAGAUGGAAAUAGGGAAGCAAGACUAAAAUAAGAAGAAAUGGAAGAAAAUUUUUAAAAUAAUCAUCAUAAGAAUUUCAGAUGAAUUAUUAUACAUGAUUUUGAAUGAUAUCUGCCCACCCAUAGUCUAUACUGGGUAUCACUGUAUGUAUGUAUGUAUGUCUGUCUCAAUAAAAACACACAGGAAAAGGGAAACGUAUGUAAUGAUGUAAUGUAUGUAUGUAUGUAUGUAUAUAUGUAUGUAUGUAUGUAUGUAUGUAUGUAUGUAUAGGGCUUUAAACACACACAAUGACAAACAUGGAUAAAGAAAGUUGAAUCAAUAAAUAUAUGUAUAAGUUUACUGAAUUUUCAAAUAAAAAAAUUAUAAUUA